AAGACACGCAAGAGGCUUAUUCGCAGUGACUUUUUCGCCAUGGAAUUUUUGGGCGGGCGGAAAUGCUUGAAAAAAGUUCAAUUUUGUGACGGAAUCCAGAUGUUGAAGCGAAUUUUUGUAAUUUUUGCUGUUAUUUACUGUCUUGGUAAGCGAAAUUGUUCGUGUGCAGCAACAAGUGUCGCCCGUAAAAAUGUCUUGAUGAUAAUGGUAGAUGAUCUUCGACCCGCAAUCCGCGCUGCAGGAGAUAAAAAUGCCAUUACGCCCAAUAUUGACAAGCUGCUGAACCGAAGUUUUUAUUUCAAGAACGCUUUUGCUCAGCAAUCAUUAUGCGCUCCAAGUCGAAACUCCAUUUUAACUUCUCGUCGCCCCGACACCUUGCGACUUUACGAUUUUCACAGUUAUUGGCGCGAUGUAGCUGGAAAUUUCACAACUUUCCCUCAAUAUUUCCGCGAAAAUGGAUAUUUCACGUAUUCCAUAGGCAAAGUUUUCCAUCCGGGCGAAAGUUCGAACAACACAGAUGACUUUCCCGCAUCUUGGAGUCUCCCAACAUUCCAUGCUGAGACCGAAGAAUUCCUUAAUUCACCAUUUUGCGUCGAUCGCGAUACCGGAGAGUUCACAAAUAACCUUUUAUGUGCUGUGGAUUUGAAUCUCGUGCCUUUUGGAACGUUACCUGAUAUGGAAAACACCGAAAAAGCCAUCGAAAUGCUGCAAAAAUCGUAUGAAAAUGCAUCGGAAAGUCCCUUUUUCAUCGCAAUCGGGUAUCACAAGCCUCAUAUCCCGUUCAUGUUUCCCUUGGAGUACUUAAGGUACCAUCCGGAGACCAAAUUCACGCAUCCCCGAGACUUUUUCAAGCCAAAUGACAUGCCGGUAGUUGCUUGGGCAGCCUUUAAUGACUUACGAAAGCGACGUGAUGUCGAAAAAUUGAACUUGAGUUACCCGUUCGGGACAUUUGAAGCGGAUUUCGCGAUGAAAGUAAGACAACAUUACUACGCGAGUGUCACUUAUAUCGACUUUUUGAUCGGAAAACUCCUGAAUAACGUAAAUUUCGACGAUACAAUCAUCGUUUUGGUUGGCGAUCAUGGCUGGAGUCUCGGCGAACAUGCAGAAUGGGCGAAAUAUUCCAACUUUGAUGUCGCUUUGAACGUUCCUUUGAUCAUUUUUGAUCCUCAUUCGAGUUCCAAACCUCGUCACAUCCCAGAAAUCGUCGAAUUAGUGGAUAUUUUUCCAACAAUCGUUCAUUUGGCGGGGCUUGAACACCUGAAAAAAUGCAAAAAAUUGACAAAAACUUGCACUCAAGGUAAAUCUCUCGUCCCUUUGAUGCACAAAAUGAUCGAAAAUCAUCCUCUCGAGUACUCGGCAUUCAGUCAAUACCCAAGAGCAGGACUUUAUCCGAGCCAAAUACCGAACAGCGACGAACCACGACUGAAAAACAUCCAAAUAAUGGGUUACAGCAUCCGAACACGACAAUUUCGCUACACAAUUUGGAUCCCAUUCAACCACGAAACCUUCGCAGCAGAUUGGAGGACAAUCAUCGCCGAGGAACUGUACGACCAUUCAUUUGACGCGGAAGAGAGAGAAAAUAUCGCAUCUCGACCCGAAAUUUCUCACAUUAAAAGCAUUUUGUUCGAGAAAUUACACAAAAAAAUGAAGCAAUAG